CGCGGCGCUGGGAGGAAGGCGCCGGGGCUCAAGAUGGCUUUGGCCGGGCUCUGCGCCCUGCUCGCCUGCUGCUGGGGGCCGGCGGCGGUGCUGGCCACGGCCGCCGGCGACGGGGAUCCCUCCAAGGAGCUGGAGUGCAAGCUCAAGAGCAUCACGGUGUCGGCGCUGCCCUUCCUGCGCGAGAACGACCUCAGCAUCAUGCACAGCCCCUCGGCCUCCGAGCCCAAGCUCCUCUUCUCGGUGCGCAACGACUUCCCGGGCGAAAUGGUCGUGGUGGACGACCUGGAGAACACGGAGCUGCCCUACUUCGUGCUGGAGAUCUCGGGGAACACAGAGGACAUCCCUCUGGUGCGCUGGAGGCAGCAGUGGCUGGAGAACGGCACUCUGCUCUUCCACAUCCACCACCAGGACGGCGCCCCGAGCCUUCCCGGACAGGACCCGACCGAGGAGCCCCAGCACGAGUCGGCGGAGGAGGAGCUGAGGAUCCUGCACAUAUCGGUCAUGGGCGGCAUGAUCGCGCUGCUGCUGUCCAUCCUGUGCCUGGUGAUGAUCCUGUACACCCGCCGCCGCUGGUGCAAACGCCGCCGCGUGCCCCAGCCCCAGAAGAGCGCCAGCGCCGAGGCGGCCAACGAGAUCCACUACAUCCCCUCGGUGCUGAUCGGCGGGCACGGGCGGGAGAGCCUGCGCAACGCCCGCGUGCAGGGCCACAACUCCAGCGGCACCCUGAGCAUCCGGGAGACGCCCAUCCUGGACGGCUACGAGUACGACAUCACCGACCUGCGCCACCACCUGCAGCGGGAGUGCAUGAACGGAGGGGAGGACUUUGCCAGCCAGGUCACCCGCACCCUCGACUCCCUGCAGGGCUGCAACGAGAAGGCGGGCAUGGACCUCACACCAGGGAGCGACAAUGCCAAGCUGUCGCUGAUGAACAAGUACAAAGAUAACAUCAUCGCCACCAGCCCCGUGGACUCCAACCACCAGCAGGCCACCCUGCUGUCGCACACCUCCAGCAGCCAGAGGAAGCGGAUCAACAACAAAGCGAGAGCUGGCUCCGCCUUCCUGAACCCUGAGGGGGAUUCUGGCACCGAGACGGAAAACGACCCCCAGCUGACCUUCUACACCGACCCCUCGCGGAGCCGGAGACGCAGCAGAGUGGGCUCUCCCCGGAGUCCCGUCAACAAGACCACCCUGAUGCUGAUCAGCGUCACCAGCUGCGUCCUGGGCCUCGUGUGCGCCUCCCACGUCAGCUGUCCUCUCGUCGUCAAGAUCACCCUGCACGUCCCCGAGCACCUGAUCGCAGACGGAAGCCGCUUCAUCUUGCUGGAGGGGAGCCAGCUGGAUGCCAGCGACUGGCUGAACCCAGCCCAAGUGGUCCUCUUCUCUCAGCAGAACUCCAGUGGGCCCUGGGCCAUGGACCUCUGUGCCCGGCGGCUGCUGGACCCCUGUGAACACCAAUGCGACCCCGAAACUGGUAGGCGGGAGUGCCGGGCAGCGGGGGAGUGCCUCUGCUACGAAGGGUACAUGAAGGACCCAGUGCACAAGCACCUCUGCAUUCGGAAUGAGUGGGGGACCAACCAGGGGCCUUGGCCUUACACCAUAUUUCAGCGAGGCUUUGACCUGGUUUUGGGAGAACAGCCUUCGGAUAAAAUAUUCAGGUUCACCUACACCCUUGGGGAGGGCAUGUGGCUGCCCCUCAGCAAGAGCUUCGUGAUCCCGCCCGCCGAACUGGCCAUCAACCCCUCAGCUAAGUGCAAGACGGACAUGACCGUGAUGGAGGACGCCGUGGAGGUCAGGGAGGAGCUGAUGACCUCGUCCUCCUUCGACAGCCUGGAGGUGCUGCUGGACUCCUUCGGGCCCGUGCGCGACUGCAGCAAGGACAACGGGGGCUGCAGCAAGAACUUCCGCUGUAUCUCGGACCGCAAGCUGGACUCCUCCGGCUGUGUGUGCCCGUCGGGACUCAGCCCCAUGAAGGACAGCUCCGGCUGCUACGACCGCCACAUCGGGGUGGACUGCUCUGACGGCUUCAACGGCGGCUGCGAGCAGCUGUGUCUCCAGCAGGUGGCGCCCUUCCCGGACGACCCCGCCUUGUACAACAUCCUCAUGUUCUGCGGGUGCAUCGAGGACUACAAGCUCGGAGUGGACGGCCGCUCCUGCCAGCUGGUCGCGGACACCUGCCCUGAGGGCGGAGACUGCGGGGACAGCCGGGAGCUCCCCAUGAACCAGACCCUCUUCGGGGAGAUGUUCUUCGGCUACAACAACCACUCCAAGGACGUGGCCCCGGGGCAGGUGCUGAGGGGCACGUUCAGGCAAAACAACUUUGCCCGAGGGUUAGACCAGCAACUGCCGGAUGGCCUCGUGGUGGCCACGGUGCCCCUGGAGAACCAGUGCCUGGAGGAAAUCUCGGAGCCCACCCCCGACCCUGACUUUCUGACCGGCAUGGUGAACUUCAGCGAGGUGUCCGGGUACCCCGUGCUGCAGCACUGGAAGGUCCGGUCUGUGAUGUUCCACAUCAAACUCAACCACGUGACCAUCUCUCAGGCCCUCAGCAACGCCCUCCACUCCCUCGACGGGGCGACGUCUCGCGGGGAUUUUGUGGCCUUGUUGGACCAGUUCGGCAACCAUUACAUCCAGGAAGCCGUGUACGGCUUCGAGGAGUCCUGCUCCAUCUGGUACCCCAACAAGCAGGUGCAGCGGCGGCUCUGGCUGGAAUACGAGGACAUCAGCAAAGGCAACUCCCCCUCCGACGAGUCGGAGGAGCGGGAGAGGGACCCCAAGGUGCUGACAUUCCCAGAGUACAUCACCAGCCUGUCGGAGUCCGGCACCAAGCGCAUGGCGGCGGGAGUGCGCAUGGAGUGCCAGAGCAAGGGCCGGUGCCCCUCGUCCUGCCCCCUGUGCCACGUGACCUCCAGCCCCGACACGCCUGCCGAGCCGGUGCUGCUGGAGGUGACCCGGGCGGCCCCCAUCUACGAGCUGGUGACCAACAACCAGACCCAGAGGCUCCUGCAGGAGGCCACCAUGAGCUCUCUGUGGUGCUCCGGGACCGGCGACGUCAUCGAGGACUGGUGUCGCUGCGACUCCACCGCGUUCGGAGCGGACGGGCUCCCCACGUGCGCGCCUCUCCCACAGCCUGUGUUGCGACUGUCCACGACGCACGAGCCCAGCAGCACCCUGGUGGUCCUGGCCUGGGAGCACUCGGAGCCCCCCAUCGGUGUCCAGAUCGUGGACUACCUCCUGCGCCAGGAGAAGGUCACCGACAGGCUGGACCACUCCAAGGUGGAGACAGAAACGGUGCUGAGCUUUGUGGAUGACAUCAUCUCGGGCGCCAAGUCCCCGUGUGCCAUGCCCUCGCAGGUGCCCGACAGGCAGCUCGCCACCAUCUCGCUCAUCAUCCGCUGCCUGGAGCCCGACACCAUCUACAUGUUCACCCUGUGGGGCGUGGACAACACGGGACGGCGCUCCCGGCCCAGCGACGUGAUUGUGAAGACCCCUUGCCCUGUGGUGGAUGACGUCAAAGCCCAAGAAAUAGCAGACAAGAUCUACAAUCUCUUCAACGGCUACACCAGCGGGAAGGAGCAGCAGACGGCCUACAACACCCUCCUGGACCUGGGCGCCCCCACCCUCCACCGGGUCCUCUACCACUACAACCUGCACUACGAGAGUUUCGGAGAGUUCACCUGGCGGUGUGAGGAUGAGCUGGGACCCAGGAAAGCCGGCCUCAUCCUCUCCCAGCUCGGGGACCUCAGCGGCUGGUGCAACGGGCUCCUCCAGGAGCCCAAGAUCAGCCUGCGCCGCGGCUCCCUCAAGUACCUGGCCUGCCGCUACAGCGAGAUCAAGCCCUACGGACUGGCCUGGUCGGAGCUCAGCCAGGACCUCAGGAAGACGUGCGAGGAGCAGACCCUGAGCGUCCCCUACAACGACUACGGGGACAGCAAAGACAUCUAGCACGAUGCCGCCACUCGGUGGCCGCCGACAGGAAGGAGUGAGGAGGGGACAUCGGAGUUGGUUGGUGAUUUUUACUAUUUUUUAGUGGAACCUUAACACCUCUGCAGGUGACACCUGAACCGGGAGAAACGGACCCGCGCCCCCUGCGGGAUUUCUCCGUCACCAUGUUCCCCAUCGGCACCACCCGGACGCCUGCCAGCCGGCCAGCGGCUCCGUACGGUGCCGUUGUUCCGGGGGGUCACUCCGGGGCUUGUUUUGCAGUUGACUUGAUUUUUUUUUUCCCCCAAGACGUUCAUCAAAACACUCUCGAGUUCUGUCACACUGCCCAUGAAAGGUCCACCAGGUUGGGGCACCCCGUGCUCCCGAGUUCCUGAGUCCAAGACAACUGGGGACAGACAGGACACCAGAGAGCUGUCCGCCUGUCCUCACACCCUAGCCUCAGGAUGUGCCGCACCCGGCCCAGAAAGACGCAGCGACCACCGGGAAGGCAGCCCAGUGUAGCCUCCUGCUUUCUCCCGGGGCCGCCGCUGCUGACGCCACACCCGACAGGUGGACCCAGCCUCCGCCCAGGGCCCCGAGGGCUUCCUGGGUUUCUAGUUCCUUCCCCAGGACUGGCGAUAGGUCUCUCUCCGGCAGACCGCUGUCCUCUCCUCCUCACCGUCAUCUUUAAGAAGCACGGAGUGCCACUGGCUGGAGCACCUUCAGAGCGGGCUACGUGGGAGACCAGUUCUCGGUCCAGGUUCCAGAAAAGAAGUGGGAUUGUUUUAAAAAAAACCCUGUGACUCCAGGAUGGGCACCCUCCACCCCCGCCCUGACCCCAGUCUGCAUCGUGCUCCCGCUUCUCCCUGGUGUCGGCGAUGCUUGCCCCGGACAGACGAGGCCUGUUGCCUGAGCUGGUGCCCACGAGGGGCCCACACCACCACGUCAGUGUCGUGGUGCCCCAAGUCACUGCUGAUCAUGCAAAACUUCCUUCUGCCCUUCGCUCUCACCGCCCUCGCCUGCCCCCUCCGCCCUGCGAAGUUCACUCCAUCACACUGGUAGUCCUGCAAACCAUUUCUCUGGGUGAGCGGCAGCAGGAGGACCUGCACCUUCACCCCCGCCCAGCUGCUGGGAGUCUGAGACGCUGCAGGUGAGCCCCACGGACUUCAGGGAGGGGGUGUCUGCGUGGGCGCCAGCGGGGGUCUACCCACAGGCAGCCAGGCCUUUCGGAACGCCCUCUGCAGGUGGGCCAGAGACGGCCCUCGCUGGCCUGGAGGUGCACUCAGCACCCUGCCCUUGACCAGCUCCUCAUCUGGAAACGCGAGAGAAAGGCCGGGAAGCAGACGGAAGGUCAUGGAAGGCCAGUGGCUGAGCCACGCUGAUUUUUCUCUAAACGGUACCAAUGACCGCCACGCCCCUCGAGUGCUCACCGAGUGCAGGUGCUGCCCGCGUGCUUCCCGAGUCACGGAGCCCUCACACCUCCCCGCCCCCCCCCCGCCCCCCCUCAGAGCGCCAGCCUCAGCUCCGGCUCAGCGAUGAGGCAGCCCGGGCAGAGCAGCUGCAGGCCUUGCCCCGUCUGCGCUGUCUGGGUGCCGUGCGCACCUUGGCCGCCACGCCCCAGAGCACAGGCGCUCGGCCCCCGCCGCCUGUCCUCAGCCUUGCUCCCAGGCCACCAGGGCGGCCAGCUGCCCCCACUCUAAGCUCCACAGGGUCCUGCCCGGAGAGCCUUCCCUUCCCCACACCCCCAGGGUGUCCAUGUGCCCCCAUGGGCAGGAGGAGCAGCCCAGGGUGCCCCUCACUCCGCAGCUGGAGCACCUUUGGGAUGGUGGGCUCUGCCCACAGUGUCCCCACCAGGGCCGGGAGCGAAGCCUGGGCUGCUGCUGCCCUCACCCCCUCUCUGCAUCUGUCCACGGAGAGAGUGGCAGGUGUCCCUCCUGCCAGGGGCUCCCCUGCCUCAGAGACCACCCUCCUCCCAAACCCAGUGUGCAGGCUGCAGGGAACGGCCGUCCCACCUGCGGUCCAUGCAGGGCCUCGGCUGCCACGCCCAGGGGCCAGUGUCCACCGUCACCACAGAGGAAGAUGCCCCGGGCAGCAGGACACCAACCAGUGGGGCGGCGAGCUAAGGCCGGCCUCGCUGCUGCCCCUGCGCUGUCCUCUGGGCAAGUCCGCGCGGGAAACCAGGGCCGCACAGCAGGGGCGGGGUGCCCAGGUGGCUGUCCCACCCCAGCGGUGGGCGAGGUGAGCACAGGGCACGGCAUCAGGGUCACCCUUUCUUGGUCCCCCCCUUCUGGUUUAUGAAAAUAAAGAGGCUCACUGUUGCCGGCUCCCCCAAGUCCCUGCCGCUCCUCGUCAUCCGCUUUAUCUUUGCUUCCCCAGUCUGGGACCCUUCCUCCUCUGUCCCUUCCUUCCCCGUGACCCUCCUCCGCCCCGUGUCCCCUGCUCACAGCACACACACCCCUCUCAUACACACCCUACACAUGCACCACACACUACACCCCCACACCCACAUAUAUACACACCCUACACCACAUACUGCACAGACACCCCCACACACACCCUGUACACACACCCCACACACUGCACACCUACACACACGCUAUAUACUACAACACACCGUACACAACCCUAACAGCUGGGACCCACCCACUUCCAAGUUCAAAGGAAGGCCAGUGGGAAUGGGGUGGGACAGCUCCCAGGAUCCCCUGGGGACCUGACUGCAGGGUCUGUGCCCUCGGAAGACACGACCAGCACACCCUGGCGACACCGACCGAGGCAUGCCUGGCGGAGCCCACCCCGAGGAGAGUGGGGGCGGGUGGUGCUGGGCCAGUGUUAACCCUCUCGGGUCCAAGCUGCCACACGGAUCUUAGGGGAGUCAAGUCGCUUCUCUCCAGCACCGCCUCCCAGCCGCAGGGCUCCCACCGGUGCCCCCCAAGUGGACGUGCCCCCUGAGCGGACGUGCCCCCCCAGGAGGGAGCAGAGCUUUCACCGAGUGUGCAGCCAUUUCCCGUGGAGUGCGGUCGGCUCGCUAUCUUUCGUUAACCACGUUUCUCAAUAUCCCGAUGUUCCGUUAAAAACUGAGUGCGAAGAGAACACCUGACCACCAUAGAAGGAGGAGAGAACAUAGUGUGACCGCCUUCGGGUGCAGCAGUGCUGUCUAAAAGGGAACUAUCAUACGAGUAUUAAACAGUGGAAUCAUCAACUAAAUAAAAAACGAGGGUUAGUAAGUG